ACCUGAGGAGGGUGAGGCAUUGAGAGGGGGAAGGGAGGUCACACGAGGGGCCUCUACAUCUACGUUCCUCUCUGCGGCCUCGGGCGCCCCUCCACUGUGAGCGCACGCUCCAGACUCCUCUCCGAGGCCCUAACCCAAGUAGCCCUAGGUCCGACUGGGGGCCCCCGCCCGGGACAACUUCCUUCCCUAGCGCUCGACUGACAGAAGGAGGGACGGACGCACCUCAGCUCCACAGUCCAGCAAUAGCAUCGUCGCGCCCUCUGAACGGAUGUAAACUCCUUGAAGACAAGGGCUGUCUGCUUUUUAUUUGGAUUCCUAGUCUUUAACAUGGUGCUUGGCACAGAAAAGAUACCUAACCAGGCAACUGACCAAUUCUGUUUCGAGGAAUUCUAGCUGUGGAUCUUCUCUACAUGGACACAGGGGCCUUAGCAAUUGUGGUGAGUAACGUAAAUCUCAUCAGGAUGUGAAUUUAUGGACAACAACUAGAUUGCAUUAGAUCCUUUGGAGAUACAGAAUGACACAAAUGGUAAUACAUUGAAGAAACAGAAUGAAGUUAAUCUGUGAAAAGCUGCCCACAAAUUCCCAAAAUGUUGCAUACCUUUGUUCUUCCAAAACUCAAAAAUUCCACCAAUGGAAAAAGGAGAAGCAAGAUUUUUACCAUCAUACAAAGUUGGUGGAAAAAGCAUUACAAUUACUGAAGGACAGAAUAAGAAAAGGAGAUCCUCUGGCUUGUUUCCUGCGAGGUCAACUAUACUUUGAAGAGGGAUGGUAUGAAGAAGCAUUAGAUCAGUUUGAAGAAAUCCAGGAGAGUGAUCAUCAAGCUGUUUACCAGUUGGGAGUCAUGUAUUAUGAUGGGCUGGGGACAGAAGCAAAUCCCGAAAAAGGAGUGGAAUACAUGAAGAAAAUUCUUGAUUCUACAUGCCCCCAAGCAAAACAUUUAAAAUAUGCUGCUGCAUACAACCUGGGAAGAGCUUUUCAUGAAGGACAAGGUGUUCCCCAUGAUGAGAAGGAAGCUGAAAGAUUAUGGCUUUUGGCAGCAGACAAUGGGAAUCCAAACGCUAGUGUCAAAGCUCAGAGUAUUUUGGGAUUGUAUUAUUCUACAAAACAACCUAAAGAUUUGGAGAAGGCAUUUUUUUGGCAUUCGGAGGCUUGUGGCAACGGAAGCUUGGAGUCCCAGGGCGCACUUGGUCUCAUGUACUAUUAUGGACAAGGUAUUCCUCAGGAUACUGAAGCUGCCCUUCAAUGCUUGAGGCAAGCGGCUGACCGUGGCAACGUCUAUGCUCAAGGCAAUCUUGUCGAAUAUUACUAUAAAAUGAAGUUUUUUACAAAAUGUGUCUCAUUUUCAAAAAGGAUUUCCGAAUAUGACGCCCCUUAUGAUGUUCCCACAAUAGCCCAAAUAACGGACUGUCUUCCUGAAUAUAUAACCAAAGGCAUAGCGAUGGCUUCCUUCUACUACGCGAGGUGUCUUCAGCUUGGCUUGGGGAUCCCGAAGAAUGAAACAGAAGCCAAGAAGUAUUAUUCCAAGGCUUGUCGCCUGAGUCCUGAUAUAGCUGAUGAACUUUACUCUUUGGUUAUUCGCCAAGUAAUUUAAGCCACAAAUACAUGGUAGCCAAGACGAGCAGCUACUAAUUAGUAGUGUAUUUUUGUAGUCCUUUGUAUUUCGUUUUUCUGCAUAUCUAAUGAUAGGAAUUUUACUCAGCUGGACAUGUUACUUAUGACACCAUCUAUGUUCUUCAAUUCAAGCACUCUGUCCUUUAUAACAUAAAACACAAAUUAAUGUCCUAAAAUCCUGGGGAACCCAAGAAUUUUUCCACCAGGAUUAGAGAGAAACCAUUCUAUAAUAGAAAAAUUAAUUCUAGAUAGAUAAGUAAAUUCUUGUGCACUUAGAAAUUCCUAGUAACUGUUGAGUUUGAUUUUUAAAAUAUUAUGGCUUACGACCUUCUUCAGCAUGUUGUUAUUUUAAAAUUGUAAUUAAAACAGAUAAAAAUAAAA